AUGACGGACGGGCCAGACGAACCGGCGAAUGCGCUUCUACUUUCGGAGGACAUUAAGGGCUAUUUCGACUCGUAUGAGCUAGUCGUUGUGCCCGUCAAUCCAGAAGAAAAGCCACUCACACGAUGGAAGAUCGACAUCCUCGACAAGGACAUUGAAGACGAGACUGUCCAAGGCAGAAACCUCACACCUGGUGGACGCGAAGCUGUCCGGAUCCAAGAUCUUCAGGACAGAGAGGUGGAAUUCCUCAACGACAAUCGGCCGGUUGCAGGACUUUUACAUCUCCAUUUUCUCACGGCACUUAUCCGCUUGAAGAAUACCAAUACGGCGAGCUGGAAAGACGCCAGGGAGAAAUACUUCCCUCAUGCCUCAUCCUCCAUUCGAGUCACCCAGCUCUGA